GUAAAAUGUUUAGAAGUGGCUUUUGGUCUGAAUUGAUUCUCCAAGAAGCUGAAAUUGAAAAGCAGCUUUAGGAAGCUGAUUUUCUGAGAAAACACGGAGUGAACAGUGUUUCAUUAAAUGAAAUUUUCUAUUAUGUCCUCAUCUUCUCUAUGACUUUACCUUGAUGCUCAGCUCCUCUCUUCCCACCCUCGUCUGCCGUCAAAACUCAAACCACCUAAGCUCAUAGAUCGAUCUCUUCUGUGUCUUCAAAAAACCCGAUUCCUUCGCUCUUCCACCACACGCCCCAAACCCAAAGCAUUCUCGGACCCCAGCUUCUUCAACCUCCUUUGGUACUUGGUAAGCUCCUCAUCAAUUUCGCGUAAUCACAUCUUCGCAAGCCUACCAAGAACCACUCUAUCACCGCCUCUCUCUCUCUCAAACCCAGCAGCGAAUCAAACUCACUUCGUGUCCUGAUGGGAUUGUGAUUCGUACUUCAUCUACAAGCCUUCAACUUGGAUUAUUCGAGUACUUUGCAAGCUUCGAUUCACUGCCAAAUUACCGCACACAGAGACGGAAGUCAUGUCUAGUAGUAAAGCUGAAGAACCUGUAAAUGAGCAAGCAGUUGCAAAUAAGUUUGCUGCCAUGAGGUCUGAACUCAACCAAAUUUACUCUAAAAUCACUGAGCUAGAGAUGGACGUGAGUGAGCACUCAUUGGUGAUCAAUGCCAUCCAGCCACUCGACCCAUCCAGGCGGUGCUUCCGAAUGAUUGGAGGUGUGCUGGUGGAGAGAACCAUCAAGGAGGUCCUGCCUGCUGUGCAGCGUAACAAAGAAGGGAUUGAGGAGGUUAUUACUCGGCUGAAUGAGGCUUUGGAAAGGAAGAAAAAAGAAAUUUCUGACUUUGAGGCCAAGUACAAGAUCCGGAUAAGAAAGAACGACAGUGAGGAGAAGGAUGAUGGUGCUCGCAAAGAAGGAACUGCUCAAGGAGUCCUGGUCGGCCCUGCUGGUGGAAGCGAAUGAAUGAUAAAGCUCUUCCACCACACUCAUCUUGUUUUCUGAAACCUGUUAAAUGUAGUGUGCUUUCAAGUGUACUAGGUGUGCUACGGAUUUGGGGUUUAUGGUCCAGACUAGUAGAAUAUUACAACUCUUGCACUGAAUCAAUGACUUUGUAUUUGUAACCUUUAAUUAUGCGGUUCUUUCUUUUAGGAAGGAUUAAGGAAAAACAAGAACAAUCUUAUCAAAAUUA